GAGGAGGGAGGGAGCGCUGUUUACAUGGUGAACAGACUCAGAUUUCUACUCAUCCAGCUGCACCACCGGGACAACAGCUGCCUCUCCAUAAAGACGCUUUCCGUCCCUGUGCCAUCACUUUACCGCUUUACGCACGAAGUCAUGGUUUUGACGCGCAGGUGAACUUCUCUCGCCUCAACGCGCUUCGACCACAAGAAAAGUAAAAAGCAAAGAAAUUAUAUACAUAUAUAUUAAGAGGAAGAAGAAGAAGAAGGAGGAGGAAAGACAUCUUCGUUGCUAGAAGCUGAACAGGUUGUCAGAGCCAUGUCCAGGAAGAAGGCAGUGAAAGGCAAAGGGAGCUCCAGGAGCCCAAAGGCGUCUCCGAGCAGCGGGAGGACGGGGAAGGGUUUGGCCGGCGCCGCUGCUCCGUCCUCCGGGCUGGUUUACCCGAGCAGACCGUCCAUCAGCAACAGCGGAGAGUUUUACGAUAUCGCCUUCAAGGUGAUGCUGGUGGGGGAUUCAGGAGUGGGAAAGACCUGUCUGCUGGUUCGCUUCAAAGACGGAGCCUUUCUAGCCGGGAGCUUCAUCUCCACCGUGGGCAUCGAUUUCAGGAAUAAAGUCAUGAGCAUCGACGCUGUGAAGGUCAAGCUGCAGAUCUGGGACACUGCUGGUCAGGAGCGUUUCCGGAGUGUCACUCACGCUUACUACCGAGACGCCCAUGCUCUGCUCCUCCUUUAUGAUGUCACCAACAAAGCAUCCUUCGACAACAUCCGGGCAUGGCUGACUGAGAUUCAUGAGUACGCCCAGCGAGACGUGGUCGUCAUGCUGCUGGGCAACAAGGCUGACACCCAACAUGACAGGGUGGUGAAGCGAGAGGAAGGCGAGAGACUGGCAAAGGAGUUUGGCGUGCCCUUCAUGGAGACGAGUGCUAAAUCUGGACUGAACGUGGAGCUGGCCUUCACCGCUGUGGCCAAAGAACUCAAGCACAGGACCAUGAAGGAGCCAGACGAGCCAAAGUUUCAGCUGCAGCAGUACGUCGACAAAGAAAUGAGGACUGCCGGCUGCUGCCGUUCAUAGACCGCAUCCUAUGUCUGUGUGUGUGUGCGCGCAUUUGUGUGUGUGUGUGAGAGAGAGAGAGAACAGGUACAUUCAGUUAGACUCUGUAAUAAGUCGGAGUCGGUGCGCCUGGAAAUGACCCUGCAGUUCUCAGUGUUUGUGUUAUUUCCCUAUGGUCACAUGUGCCCAAUACGCUCUCUCUCCAAACCCACCUUUCCACUGCAACUGUGAAUGUAAAAUAACCCCUGUCAACAUGCUCGCACAUAGACAUGCAUGUCCACACACACACACACACACACACACUUAUGUUUGUCUACUUCACAGCCUAUUUCAUCCACUCUGUGCCGCUCUCCGUCAGUGAUGUACAUAGUUUAAAUGUAAUUCUAAUUCUGUGCCCUGAAAGCCUCGUCGUUUGUAAAAGCCUGUCUCGUUGAAGCAAAACUAUAUCUGAAGAAACUAUGUUGACUAUCAAACCAGUCGGUCUCGUUCAAGUAUUAGAAACACAUUUGUACAAAUACGCUACUGCACCUAAUGCGAGCUGUCGAACGGCACCGUGUGCUGUUUGUGUACAGGAUAUCAUGCGACAACCGUUUUAAUAACACUGAUACACCUGUGAAACGUGAUUUGAGCUCUUGAACUUUUAUACACAGUUCAUUUUAAUACAGGAAACUUCAUGAAAUCUCCCUCAUUAAGCAGGAGACGCUAAUAAAUAUUGAAAACAGCACCAUCAGUAAAAUACUUAACUGACCCCUUCUGUUCUCUGCGUUAUGUAGAUUUCUGGAAAAGUAUACUUUAUUGCAUAAAUAGGUUUUAAUCUGCAUAGAUACAUUUCGAAACAGUACUUUUUUUUAAAAAAAAAAAAAGUGAAGGGAAAAUAGAGCAUCUGAUCUUUUUUUGUAACUCAAAGUCAGAGCAUUUGCAGGAAAUCUGGUUAAAAACUGUCCAAAAACAAAGGUAACUGGAAGUUCUAUUAUUUGGUUAACUGCCUGGAAUAAUAAUAAGAAUAAUAAAAAAAAACAUUUGCUAUUUGCUAAAAAGUUGUGGUAAACUAUUUUGCCAUUUUCCCUGCUGAGGUUCUUGCAGAGUUGGUUGACCCUCAACAGAAGUGGGAUCUGGUUGUGUGUUGCGAAAUCCAGUGCUGCUAUGACAUGUUGGCUUAAAUGAAAAGGACUUUAAACAGCUGUUUUGACUCUUUUUUUUUUAGUGGUUCCAUCCAUUGGUAAGAACACUUUUACUUUACCAGAUGUUCGAUCAAAGAUGGUUUUUCAGGACUUACAUAUGAGUAAAGGUUUUACAACACAUAAUUUUAGAAUGAAUCGGAUGUUAUUAAUUUAUUGUUAACUUGUAAUCUGUAUACUGUAACUUAACUGAGAUUUGUAUUGUAUCAAGCUCCUGUGUUCAAAAUAAAGCUGAAACCUGGAAGAGUGAAUACACUUCUCCUGUGGAUCUGAA